AUGUUGGCUGCUUCCUCAAGAUCCAUCGCCCGUGUCGCCUUCACCCGCGCCACCCUCCGCCCCACCGUCGCCAUCGGCGUUCGCUUCUCCUCCGUCUGGACCAACGUCCCCAUGGGUCCCCCUGAUGCCAUUCUCGGUGUCACUGAGGCCUUCAAGAAGGAUACCGACCCCCGCAAGAUGAACCUCGGUGUCGGUGCCUACCGUGAUGAUGCCGGCAAGCCCUUCGUCUUGUCCUGCGUUCGCAAGGCCGAGGCCAAGAUUGCUGCUGACAACCUUGACAAGGAGUACGCUGGAAUCACCGGUGUCCCAGAGUUCACCAAGGGAGCUGCUAUCCUCGCCUACGGCGCUGACAGCGCUCCCUUGAAGGAGGGUCGCGUCGCCAUUACCCAGACCAUCUCCGGUACCGGUGCUCUUCGUGUCGGAGGUGAAUUCUUUGCCCGUUGGUUCCCUACCUCCAAGAAGAUCUUUGUCCCCACCCCCACCUGGGGCAACCAUAUCCCAAUCUUCAAGGAUUCCGGCCUCGAGGUCAACCACUACAAGUACUUUGACAAGAAGACCAACGGUCUCGACUUUGCCGGCAUGGUCGCCGACAUCAAGGCCGCCCCCAAGGGUUCCAUCGUCUUGUUGCACGCUUGCGCGCACAACCCUACCGGUGUCGACCCCAGCCAGGCUCAGUGGGAUGAGCUCUCGAAGGUUGUCAAGGAUGCUGGCCACUUUGCCUUCUUCGACAUGGCCUACCAGGGCUUCGCCUCGGGAAGCACUGACAAGGAUGCCUAUGCUCUCCGCAAGUUCGUCAAGGACGGCCACUUGGUUGCUCUCUCCCAGUCCUUUGCCAAGAACAUGGGUCUCUAUGGUGAGCGUACCGGAUCGUUCUCGUUGGUCACCUCGUCUGCCGAGGAGAAGGCCCGUGUCGACUCUCAGAUCAAGAUUGUUGUCCGCCCCAUGUACUCCAACCCCCCCGUCAACGGAGCCCGCAUUGUCUCGACCGUCUUGAACAACCCUGAGUUGAACGCUGAGUGGUUGGGAGAGGUCAAGUUGAUGGCCGACCGCAUCAUCACCAUGCGUGCCCAGCUCAAGAACCACCUCGUCAACGACCACAAGUCCAAGGUCAACUGGGACCACAUCACCAACCAGAUCGGUAUGUUCUGCUACACUGGUGUGACUCCUGAACAGGUUGAGAAGCUCAAGAACGAGCACCACGUCUACUUGACCAAGGAUGGACGUAUCUCUGUUGCCGGUAUCUCUAGCCACAAUGUUGCCUACCUCGCCAAGGCCAUCCACGAGGUCACCAAGUAA